GCCCUGUCGCUCGGCUCCGCCUCCUCACUGGUGAUUGGGCACCAGUACUGUAGCUCAGGAAAGGCACACAGGCAGCGAGGAGGCGUAGCCGAGCGGGCCCCGCAAAAAUCAAGGGAGGGAGAGGCCGAAGUGAAGGAAGGACGACAGCUGACUGUCCGAAGAUCGAGGGAGCUGCCGGAGCGAGUUUUAUUCUUCAUCUCUUCAGGUAAGUGAGAGAGCGAGCCCUGAGCAGGGGUCAGCAAAGUAAGUAUCAUUGGUGUCAGUGGGAGGAAUAGUGCCCCAACAUUUGUGUCACUAAUACCAACGAUGGGGCACUAUUCCUCCCCCCACUGACACCAACGAUGGGGCACUAUUCCUCCCACUGACACCAACGAUGGGGCACUAUUCCUCC